AUGGCAGCAGCGACGAUGGCGAUGGCGAGGGCGGUGCUGGUGGCCGUCGUGCUGAUGCAGUGCUGCAACGUGAUGGUCGCGGCGAGGCCGUUGCUGAUGGAGGCGCCGGCGGUAGCGACAUCAGACGGCGGCGGCUGGCUGGGGAUGAUCAUGCAGGUGCUACAGGGCGGCAACAACAGCGGCUGCCGAGCUCCCAACGGAUCCUGCCCCUGA